AUGACACAAUCGCUCGGUGCCGACGAUAUGUCUGCCACAAAAGGUGACGUACGCAGCGCACUCAAGGCGUUUCUGAUGGAGUCAGCUGGGAAGGAGAAUAUGCCGCCAGAGCAGCGAAAGCGCACCUCAGCCGCAGGUCUUUUCGACAACUUGCCCAACAAGCGACAUAAGCGGGUAGACGACAGUGCCAGAGCGUCAGCCCUUCCAAGUUCAAAGACUGCGAAUCACGCCUCCACCCCUGGUAAGGGUUUCUUCAAGAGAUUUACACGACCGCAGAAAGACGCCGUGCACCCAUUGAUCGAAGGUUUUGACAGGGCUGUUGCGGCGUACCAGCGUGGAGUUACCGAGUCUGAUGAGAGCAUGUUUGAGCCUAUCCAGCAGGAAAUAGAGCUACGCAUGCAAGGAAUCAACGUUACCGGAAAACUAAUUACGAGGCCAGACAUACCGAGUCAGGCUGAAAUCAAAGCUGUCAAGGAUGCCUUCCGUGCACUUCAACGCCCUUUAGGAGAGGAGACGAUGGAUGUAGAAGUUCCGGUUCCCGGAGGUAAGACAGUCCUGAAGCGAGUAACGGUCAAGCAGGUCCAAGAAGCGUACAAGAAGCUGCACGAUCGUAAACAAGCGGACAUUGCCGACCUUGAGCAGGAAUUGCAGCAGGUCGAACGUGAGAUCGCUGCUUUAUAUCACGACAUCCCUUGUAACAACGACAACAAGAUACUGGCUGCAGACGAGAAGCUACGAGCUGCAAAAGCGCAGUACGAUCUAGCGUUUAAGGCUGCUCUAGAUGAGAAGGAUGCGGAGCUGCGGAAGGCGCGAGCUGAAGAGAAGUCUAAGUGCUCCAAUCUGAAAGACAGGAUGCAGGCUUUCAUGGCAUCUCUGGGCUGA